GAGCAAGCUAGCGCUAGCUAGCUGCGUGCGUGUGACAGCGGAGUGCUAUUGCGAGCCGGUCGGUCAAGGGUACGGACCGGUGCAAUGCCAUGUGAUGCGACUGCCUCGGCUCCAGCUCCAUGCAGCAACUGUCGCCUCACAGUCCACACCGAUGUCUUCUGCGCUAGUAGUAAUGGAUGACAUCACAAUGAAUGACCCAGGUCAUGAUAGGGCAGGUGUCAUUUGGGACUUCGACCCUAACAUGACCCAUGAAAUCUACGAAGAUCUUGGAGUGAUGGACCUAGACACGGUGGAUUCGAAACAGUGUACCCAGAAACAAAAGAAUAAAAGUCUUCAAUCCCAAAAGACUGACCCGGUAGUGAUCAAGCCUGUUAUCGAACACACCACUCCCAGUCCAAAUGCUGUUAGAGCAUCAGCACAAAACCAUCUCCACAACGGACAGAACUGUAGCUGUGUACGACGCAUCUUCAAAAACAAAGGACAGUCGGGUACUGAUCCAUUUUUGUUUCUAUCGGACGAAGUCAUUCUGUCAGUCUUUCGCUGGUUACCAAAGAAAAGUCUUACACACAGUGCCAAGGUGUGUAGGAGGUGGAGGCGACUAAGCUAUGACGAGGAGCUUUGGAAAAGGGUUGACCUCUCGUCACGUAACUUCCUGCCCGGGGUUCUGGGAUUGAUCCUGGAAAGGGGCAUCAUCCAUGCCAAACUCUCCCGGUGUACCAUCAAUGGACCUGUCUUUGACGCUGACCUUGACGAUAGUGCAAUGGAAGAGGACGAGCCAGGUGACCUUGACAGCUCUAGAUUGCACCCUGCCCCCUCCAACUCCCUGCAACUCCAGUCCUUGGAUCUCUCUGCCUGCAUCAACGAUGACCCGGCCAACAUCCAAGCCAUUCUCGCCCAAUGUCACUCCCUCACGAGGCUGAGUCUGGAGAGCUGCCAGCUCGACGGGGACACCCUUCUCACCUUGGCGGAACACAGCACUGCCCUUGAGGUGUUAGAUCUUGCCAUGUGUCACCUGACCAAACCUGAAGCUUUGACAACACUCAUCAGAUCGGCUCCAGGUUUGCAGAGUCUCAAUAUUUCUUGGUUAAAUCUGAGUGCUGAGAAUCUCAAGGAGGUCAUCAGCGUUCUCCCGACACAACUAAAACAUCUCAAUCUCGGCGGAUACAGGGAGAAACUACAAAACCAAGAUGUCGUGACCCUUGUAUCAAGAUGUCACGACUUGAAGCAGUUAGAUCUAAGUGACAGCACCUCCCUGACUUACGAAGCCAUCUCUGCAGUAGUACAGAACCUUCCAUGCCUUGAACACAUAUCACUCAGUCGCUGCUACGACAUCCCAUUCUACGCGUUUGUAUCAUUGAUUGAUAUCUCAUUCCUGAAAGGCUUGGAUGUCUUCGGUGUAAUGCAGCCUCGGGAGCAGGAACGCCUCAAGGUCCAGAUGCCCAAGAUCUCCUUCAACUCGUAUCCCUUCUCAGCCAUCGCCAGGCCGACCUUCUCCGCUAAGCAGCCACAUCACAUAUGGGGGGUCAAAUGUGAGGUCAUAUAGAUGGAUUUUAAAGCCCCACUGCACUACUUAUAGCUACUUCCGCCCUCUAUAUAGCAAACAAUGCCUAAUCGGUGCCUGUUGGUCCCCCAUGUUCUCCUUUUUCUUAUGUUAAAUGAGAGCUGAUUUAAUGAGAUAACCACCUGCCAGUGACCUUGCACGGAGGUCUAAUCCCCCAGGCUAAACUAGUGCAGACGGUGUUUAAUGCUGUAUGUGGCUUAGUGCUGCUUGGUCCAAUGUUACUCUGUUUUGUAUCUAGCUCGUCUAAAUACACACUCCACAUAUUAGGCUUUUCGUGCAUGGUUUUGCCUAAAUACAA